CAAUGGGCGUAAAGCACACAGAACCAUCCGCGUAUGGCUGAAAAGAGACAGUGGUCAGUACUGGCCCAGCAUUUACCACACAAUGGCCUCUCCUUGCUCUGCCAUGGCUUACCACCAUGACAGCAGACGGAUAUUUGUGGGCCAGGAUAAUGGAGCCAUAAUGGAAUUUCAUGUUUCUGAAGAUUUUAAUAAAAUGAACUUUAUCAAGACCUACCCAGCUCAUCAGAACCGGGUGUCAGCUAUCAUCUUCAGCCUGGCCGCAGAGUGGGUGGUCAGCACCGGCCACGACAAGUGUGUCAGCUGGAUGUGCACCCGCAGCGGGAACAUGCUGGGCCGGCACUUCUUCACCUCCUGGGCCUCCUGCCUGCAAUAUGAUUUUGAUACGCAGUAUGCUUUUGUUGGCGAUUAUUCUGGACAGAUCACCCUGCUGAAGCUGGAGCAGAACACGUGUUCAGUUAUUACCACCCUGAAAGGGCAUGAAGGUAGCGUCGCCUGCCUCUGGUGGGACCCUAUCCAACGGUUACUCUUCUCAGGAGCAUCUGACAACAGCAUCAUCAUGUGGGACAUCGGGGGGAGGAAAGGCCGGACGCUCUUGCUCCAGGGACAUCAUGACAGGGUGCAGUCGCUGUGUUACCUUCAGCUCACAAGGCAGCUCGUCUCCUGUUCCUCGGACGGUGGGAUUGCAGUGUGGAACAUGGAUGUCAGCAGAGAAGAGGCUCCUCAGUGGCUGGAAAGUGAUUCUUGUCAGAAAUGUGAGCAGCCCUUUUUCUGGAAUAUAAAGCAGAUGUGGGACACAAAGACACUGGGAUUGAGACAGCAUCACUGCAGAAAAUGUGGGCAGGCCGUCUGCGGGAAGUGCAGCAGCAAGCGCUCAAGUUACCCGGUCAUGGGCUUUGAGUUCCAAGUCCGGGUCUGUGAUUCCUGUUACGACUCCAUCAAAGACGAAGAUCGGACUUCUCUAGCAACCUUUCAUGAAGGCAAACACAACAUCUCCCACAUGUCCAUGGAUGUCGCUAGGGGACUGAUGGUGACCUGUGGGACCGACCGUGUUGUAAAGAUCUGGGACAUGACUCCUGUGGUGGGCUGCAGUCUGGCAACUGGGUUUUCUCCACAUUGAUCCAGAGCUGGCGUGUCUACAUCCUGCGAACAGCGGCCUCCACCAAAUGAAAUCCUUCCUGUGUAGCUCCACACUCACUGUCACACGAAUGGACAGUAGCCACUUAAAAAAACAAAUCAACAUUAUCAAAAUGUCACGGUGUGUUUUUGGGUGCUUGUGGAACUUCCCUGUGGGGACUGAUCUGGAGCAGGUCUACCUGUAGCAGUUCCCUGAGGAGUGGAAUUAUUCAGCCAAAUGUCCUCAUGGACAGCGAGCUAAUGUGUCAUGGAAGAAUAAUCUAGCAAAUGAGAGUUUUAGAGGGGGAAAAAUUGAACCAAAAAGUUUCUACUUAGAGCUUUCUCGAAGCAGUCCCAAGUACAAACACAAUUCCACUUGGACGAGCAGCCUGGCCAACGCUCCUGUGGCCUCUUUGUUGGAGCAGGGUCUGGCAGGAAGGAGGGUUGAUUCUCUCUCUCUUGAGGGGUGGCAGUAGGAUCUGAAGAAGUCAGAGAUCUCUUCCUGUGUACUGGCAGUAUGUGAAUAUUCUGUAUUUAGUUAUUGUUAAACUUCCUAAGGAUAUGUUCUCUCCAGGCAGUGUGGUGAGCUGCACUAACAUUUGGCUCACUCAGCUGUUUCUCCUCCAGCCAGUGUGCCCUGGGUGGAGCUCUGUAGUUGUUAGUAAGUUGUUAAAUUUCUAUGAUAACCACUGCAGUCCCGUCCACAUUCUUCCCUUUCCCCCAAAUGUGCUCUAAGGACAAAAUUUUAUAUGGUGCUGUGAACAUGGGAGUCAGCAAGCCCCAGACUUCCUCAUCACAGGUGGUCACACUCACGGGAAACCCAGCUACCAGCAUGACCGUGACGGGAAGCGACCCAUCUGUUCCAUGGAACAGCCCAGUCCUCCCAGCAGGCACGUGCUAGCUGUAGUUCCAAGACGAGCCCUUGCGGCAGUGUGAUAUACACCUCAGGAGAGUGCCGCCAGACAUCUUUUCUUUGUAACUAGUGUAAUCAUGUUCUGUAGAAGGAAAUGGACGACCCAGAGCAGUUUUUGUCGAUCAGGUCUGCACAGUAAUUCCUCACUGUAAAUCGCUUUCCUAACAACUAGCACAUGUUCAGAAUGGCAUUCUUAAAGCUUCUGGCCACUGAGUACCAGGAUGAGGAAGAGACUGGGGAUAGGAACCUAUCUUGUACUGUUCAGAUGCGUGCGUGCGAGUAAGAGUGUGUGUGUGUGUGUGUGUGUGUGUGUGUUUUAAACACAUUUCUAUUACUUUAGGGCUAUGGAAGUAAGUGGAGAAGAGCCUACCUUUUAAAAGGACACAAAAAUAAAUAGUGACAGUAUCUUUGUUAGCCUUACUAAUGGAUAUUGAUUCAAAACAAAACCUCAGUACUGCAUCCUUGUGUUGGGAUCAUAUCAAGACAACAUGGCGGUUCUAUAUGGUAGAACUAAAGCACUCAGUCUAUUAGGACAACAUCGUAGAGGGACUAAAAUAUUUAAGACAGGCAGUUGACACAAGUAAUGAGGAAAGGAAAGGAGCUUAGACAUAUCACAUUCCAGAAUGAUCUGCACUAAAAGUCGACUGGUGUUCAGAAAUAAGAUGGAAAGGUUUUGUUUCUGCUUAAAUUUUUGUUAUAUCACCUGAAAAAAAAGGUUUUCUUUUAAAAGAAAGAUGUUUCCUAGAUUCUGCAAAAUGUAUCUUACUAAUAUAGUUUAGAAGAAAAUUUGAAUAGUGGCAACUUUGAAACCAGAGCAUUAAAUGUUAAAUUUCACAUAGUGACUUUAAUUGAGUUUAUGGUUCAGCUCAUACGAAGGUGCUAUCUUGGGAAUUUUAUUAAGUCCUCGAAGGAAAAUAAACUAUCGAUUCCUUGUCCUGUGGAAGAAUGCUAAGCUGUGGAUUCGUUUUCCUGUAACUUCUGUAAAAUGUGACUUUCUAAUGCCUGCAGUAGAUCAAACAGAGUGUCAAAACUGCUGAUAAUACCCGUAUUUUCAAACCGUUUUUAUUUUGAGAAAACUCUGUUCCCUAGAGGACAUCAAGUUGCUGUAGUGCCUCCCAAGGGGUCAGGUCAAUGUAAAUCAAAAAGUGUCUAUUGAAGGAAGAAUGGGACUGAGGAAUCUUAGCAAAGGAAAAGAGAGCAUUUCAGCGCAGCUUGCUCUCCACCUGAGUCUCUCGUUUUUCUCUUUAGAAACAUAUAUGCCAUGCUGGUUUUGUCUCUGUCAUAUGCUAGGUAGCAAAUGGGGUGAUAUUUUUUUAUAGAGGUGGGCAAAAAU